CAAUUUUCCUGUUCUCUGGUCACCCUCUCAGCAAAAUGUCUCAGGAUUAUUUUGGAUUCUCCUUAAUAAGGAACAAUGCAAGAAAUGGCACCGGCACUGUUGCUCUUAACAAUGCAGCAGAUAUCUCUGUUAUUGUGAUUUACUUUUUGGUAGUCUUGGCUGUUGGAAUAUGGGCUAUGGUGAGCACCAACCGAGCAACAGUCGGUGGCUUCUUCCUGGCAGGGAGGAGUAUGGUGUGGUGGCCGAUCGGAGCAUCACUGUUUGCCAGCAACAUUGGCAGUGGCCACUUUGUAGGCAUCGCUGGGACUGCUGCAGCUUCAGGAAUCGCCAUUGGUGGAUUUGAAUGGAAUGCUCUUAUAGUGGUCGUCAUUCUGGCAUGGCUCUUUGUGCCCAUCUACAUUAAAGCUGGGGUGGUCACCAUGCCUGAGUACCUGAAGAAGAGGUUUGGAGGACAGCGUAUUCGCAUCUAUCUCUCUGUGCUGUCCCUCUUCCUGUAUGUUUUCACCAAGAUCUCAGCGGACAUGUUCUCUGGUGCCAUUUUUAUUAACCAGGCACUUGGAUUAAAUAUCUACCUUGCUGUCAUCAUGCUGCUAUUGAUUACUGCGCUGUACACUGUCACAGGUGGAUUGGCUGCAGUGAUCUACACAGACACCUUGCAGACCAUCAUCAUGGUUGUUGGAUCAUUCAUCCUUAUGGGCUUUGCUUUCAAUGAGGUGGGAGGCUAUGAGAGCUUCCAGACGCGCUACAUGGAGGCCGUCCCCUCUAUGACGGCCAACAUCAGUGAGAGCUGCUACGAGCCUCGGGCCGACUCCUUCCACAUUUUUAGGAACGCGAUUACAGGAGACCUGCCGUGGCCUGGCCUUGUGUUUGGACUCACCAUUCAGGCCACCUGGUACUGGUGCACUGAUCAGGUGAUUGUCCAGCGAUGUCUCUCAGCUAAGAAUUUAUCUCACGUUAAGGCAGGCUGUAUCUUGUGUGGCUACCUGAAGCUGCUGCCCAUGUUCCUCAUGGUUUUCCCCGGGAUGAUCAGCAGGAUCCUUUAUGCAGAUGAGGUGGCAUGUGUGGAGCCGGAAGAAUGUCAAAAAUACUGCGGUGCCAGUGUGGGCUGCACCAACAUCGCUUAUCCCAAACUGGUGGUGGAUCUCAUGCCCAAUGGUCUGCGCGGCCUCAUGCUGUCGGUGAUGAUGGCCUCUCUGAUGAGCUCACUUACCUCCAUCUUCAACAGUGCCAGCACUCUCUUCACAAUGGACAUCUACACUAAGAUUCGCAGCACAGCCAGUGAAAGGGAACUCAUGAUUGCCGGCAGACUGUUUAUCUUGGCCCUGAUUGGUGUGAGCAUAGCAUGGAUCCCUGUUGUGCAAUCGGCCCAGAGUGGUCAGCUCUUUGACUACAUCCAGUCCAUCACCAGCUACCUCACACCACCUGUUGCAGCUGUCUUCAUGCUUGCCAUCUUCUGCAAGCGUGUCAAUGAGGCUGGUGCAUUUUAUGGCCUCAUCAUUGGCCUGUUUAUCGGCCUGUCCAGGAUGAUUGCUGAGUUUGCUUUUGGGACAGGCAGCUGCGUUAACCCCAGUAACUGUCCCACCAUCAUAUGUGGAGUCCACUACCUGUACUUCUCCAUCAUCCUGUUUGUUAUCUCCUGUAUCAUCAUCCUGGGAGUCUCUCUCAUGACCAAACCCAUCGACGACAAGCAUUUGUAUCGACUGUGCUGGACGCUGAGGAACUGUACGGAGGAGAGGGAUGACCUUGAAAAGGAUGAUUGGAUUGAUAACCAAGAGUCCAACAAUAUGGACAUAGAAGAACCCCAGGAGCAACCAAGCUUGUGCAAGAAGAUGGCGCUGUCCUUCUGUGGCCUGGAGCAGCAAAACGCCCCCGCGUUGAGUCCAGAGGAGCAGGCAGAGUUGCAGAAGAAGCUCACAGACACCACAGAGAAGCCUCUAUGGAGGAACGUUGUCAACGCAAACGCCCUCAUCCUCCUGUGUGUGGCUGUUUUCUUCCAUGGUUAUUACGGUUAAAAGAACUGGACUGGCCCCAAAUGCUCUUUGAUAAUUUAUAUUAUAUAUUAUAUUUUUACGAAUAUAAUUUAUAACCGCAUCAUCUGUUUUUUAAAGUAUAUCCCUGUCUAAAACUUAAAAAUAUUUCACUACUGUACACAAGUCUGGUGUAAAUAUUUCAGCUGAAAGUAAACAGUAAACCGUACUGUAAUAUAUAUUAAACUUGAAACACGUUAAUAUUGUGGAUGAAAAUUCACACUCACACUUAGUUCUUCCAGUGUUAACUUUGAUUUUGCUUCCUUGUCUUUGCUUUUGCUUUUGGUGAUUUUAAACACAAGGACAGAGGGCAAAGUUGGCUAUGUAAAUCAGAACAGCUCAUGAAUGGAGCUGCAGGGUGACUCACGCUUGUCUUCACCUGGAGUCUAUUCACAUUGCUAGUAGCAGUAUACAUUUAUCAUUUGUUGUCUGAUAACAGCCCUUGUUCACAUGAACUUGAUACAAUAAUCAGAUUGCUUUCAGCUGAAGCAAUAAUGUGUUUAAAAUGUGAUAAUAAUGGCAACUUAAUUAGUAUUUACUCUUAUCCAAAAAUGGGAAUAUAAAUGCUUUUUAUUGUUUCCUGGACUUUCUAGUUUACAUGUUAGUGACAAGAGAGUGAAUUGACCCAAGAUAAUUUGUAUGUGUUUUUGAGAUUACAUGAUUAACAAAAAUGCCUCUCUAACCUGUAAUACAUAACAGAUGCGGUUUUGGACAAGACUGAGGAUGUUAAAAUUCCCAGUAAUUACUGUUUUAGCUACCUCAGUCUACAUAAGCCUCUUUCCCCUCAUUAUAUGUGCUCAAAGUCCACAAGUGCUGUCCCUUCUUAAAUAAUAAGCAUCUUACUGCGUGUUGUUUUAGGUGUUAAUGAAUAAAAACAUAGACUCUUACUGGGGUAAUCUUUGUCUUUUAUGUACUUGGUAAAUAAAUGCUGAAACCAGACACAACCACUAUGAAUGUGCUGUUAGACAUUCUUAUUGUGACACACUGAUCUUGCUCUUAUCACUAACCCCAUGGUUAAUGUGCAUUAAU